AUGGCGACACCAGGCGCCCCCCGCGGCGCGGCGACCUUUCCCGCAGCGACCAGCUCCACCACAUCGCUGAACUCGCUGUCCGCGUCGACGACGAUUUCGGCUCCCGCAAAUGGCCAGCCCGUCGCUACCAGCAACAUCAUUAACCAGAAGGCCGAUGCCUCGCGUUCCCUGUAUCAAAUAUGCGUCACGUUGAAGCAGCGUUUGGCCAAGGUGCCGGGCUUCGAGCCCUACCUCGAGCAGCUUGAGCAGAUGGCUCAGGAUCCCGAAGAAGGAGGCCCAGUGGAAUCCUUAUGGAAGCUGCUUCGGACCGGGCACCCACUGCUCACCAUCUACAAUUCGCUUCAGCCCGAAACACCGCUACAAGUUCCCGAAGAUGCCGCGCCGAGCGAGGCGAAGCGGUCAAAGAUCGCCAUUCUUCGAUUCGUCGAGGCUUGCAAGUCCAAACUGAAUCUCGCUACGUCCGAGGUUUUUAUUAUUACCGAUCUGACAGGCAAUGACACUACAGGAUUUGUCAAGGUCACUUCUGUCAUUAACCAUGUGCUCGACCUAGCCGAACAGCGAGGGCUGCUCCUCGACAUCCAGCCCUAUCCUGAAAACGAGCCGACUCAAACGACCAAUUCGAAGAUGAGUUACCGAGACUACAUCGUACGCGAGUUGGUAGAUACCGAGCGGAAGUAUGUUCAGGACCUGGAGAACUUGCACGACCUUAAGAAGACGCUGGAAGAAAACGGGAUCAUUCCCGGAGAUGUCCUGCAUAACAUCUUCCUCAACAUCAACUCUAUCCUGGACUUCCAGCGUAGGUUUCUCAUCCGGGUCGAAACUAUAAACUCCAUGCCGGCGUCACGGCAGGAAUGGGGAAGUCUGUUUGUGAGCCUAGAGGAGGGCUUCAACGCGUGUUAUCAGCCUUUCAUCCAGAAUCAGCGGAAGGCUGGACAGCUCGCACAGCAGGUUUUUGAUAAAAUCCAGGCUACCGAGCAUCCAGUCGCCUGCGAUUUCAACACACUGGACGGCUUCCUGCUGAAGCCCAUGCAGCGCCUUGUUAAAUACCCGCUUUUGCUUAAGGAUCUGCUUAAGAAGAGUGACGACGAGGCUGUUAAAGCCGACCUCCAAGCAGGCAUUGAUGCGGCCGAGCGAGUGCUUCAAAAGGCCAAUGAAGCCGUGGAUCGUGAUCUUCUCGAUGAGGCCCUGGAAGACUUAAUCGCUAGAGUGGAAGACUGGAAGAAGCACCGGGUUGAGCAGUUUGGCAAGCUGCUCCUCCACGGUGUGUACACUGUCAUCACUGGCAAGGGUGACCAGGAGAAGGACUACGAGAUUUACCUGUUUGAAUGCAUCUUGCUCUGCUGCAAGGAGGUCGUCCCUGGCAAGACCAAGGAUAAAAGGGACAAGGCACGGCCGGCUCAGCCUAAGGUGCGCAAUAAGAAUGCCAAGUUACAACUCAAGGGCCGCAUCUUUAUGACAAAUGUCACAGAUGUGGUUGCCAUGUCUAAGCCAGGCUCCUAUAUGGUCCAGAUUUGGUGGAAAGGCGAUCCAGGUGUAGAGAAUUUCAUGAUCAAGUUUCAGAAUGAAGAGACCAUGAAGAAAUGGGCGGCAGGUCUCGAGCAGCAGCGCAAGCUCAAUGCGCCUCAGCCCCAGGACAGCCCGGACAAGCCGCCACCGACAUUUGCUUGGAUCAACGAGCAGCAACAGAACCUGGUCAACCCAUACGUCCAGCAAGAAGACUCAGACGACGAUCAGCCCAGCGACAGUGCUCCGGGAUCCACGCCGACCGCUUCCCAACCUCAAUAUCCGAUCGCGAUGCCAGGUACUAUGCAACGGAACCCGUCAAGCACCAGCUUGCGCAGCCGUUCAGCGACGAGCAUCGAUGGUUCUCAUCCGAUGAAUGGGACGUCCCGCGUACCACCCCCACGCUUUCCAGGCGUCCCGCCCGCCGUUCCUACUCCUCUCAGUCUAAGCACUCAGGCAUCAUCGCCUGUUCCUCGGGGCGCGGAUUCCUAUUUCUCGCCAGUGGACUCCCCCGCCAGCAGUCGGACAAGUACCACCAGCGGCAUCUUUGCUGGCGGUUCAGGGUAUCCAUUCCCCAAGACCGGCUCAUCUAACUGGUCGUCUGAGGAUAACAACCGGUACACAGCCCCAGCAGCACCUCGUGCUCCGUCUCGGGACGGUUCGUCGCCAUCCAAUGCGUUCGGCGCUGCUGCCAAUGGCCGCAAUCCCAGAGGCCCAUCCAUGCCAGUUAUGCCGCGGGACAACUCUCAGCUCCAACAGCAGCGUAGUCGCAGCUACAGCACGCCUAAUAUCAACGGCGAGUCGAGGGGCGGCGGCCAGAUUCCUGCUGUUCCCAACAUCCCGGCUCACCUCCAAGGGCAUCCCCCGCACCCAACCCAUGUGCGACACGAUUCCAACAUUCCGCGGAGCAACUCAGGAAGUCCCGCGCAGACCGAGCUUCCUCUCCGCACCAACACAAACUCUCCCGGUGCUCAGCGCGCAAGGCAACUCACCGGAGGCACCAUGGCACAGUUCCCCACCCAUCCUAUCUAUCCUCGCCAAGGCACCCCUGGCACUGUGACAAACCUGCCGCCACCAGGGCCUCCGCCUGCAGGUCUUCCCCCGUUGGCGCCUGUUGACCAUGGCAGGCACGUUGCUCCGGGACCCGGCACAGCACCGCUCACAUCGGGUCACAACAUGGUGCCCCCCACUCCUGACAUCACGAUGCCGAACCAGCUCAAGGUUAAAGUCAACUACGAUGGGGGUAACUACUUUACUCUCGUCGCUCAGUUCAACAUUACCUACCAGAGUCUGGUCGACCGUAUUGACGUCAAGCUCGCUCGGCUCACCAACAGCAGCAUCGCUAGGGGCGAUCUGAAGUUGAGGUACCGGGAUGAGGACGGUGACUUUGUGACCAUCGAGAGCGACGAGGAUAUCCAGAUUGCCAUCUCGGAGUGGCGGGAGACUCAUGCCAGCUUGCCUGGCGCCAUGGGCGAAAUUGAAUUGUUCUGCGUUGGUGAGCUACAUUGA